CACACACACACACACACACACACACACACACUCGCGCACACAAACACUCCCUCCUCCCCCAUCGCUGCAGUGUGUCCUAACUGCCUUGAAGCUAACAAGAGAGGAAAUAGCACAAAGACAAUAUCACACACACACGCACGCUCGCACACACAUAUAGAGUCGGGCUGAAAGACGUCGCCAGAAAGAGGCAGAAGGAUGAGGAUGUCGGUGUAUCAGUAGCGAGCAAGGACUGCACACUUCUUUUCUAAGCCUUGCAAAUGUGUGUUGACAUAUCGCCGGCGAUGGACAGAGGCCACUGAAACAAAGAUCAUGGGAUGUCGUCAAAGCUCAGAGGAGAAGGAGGCCGCCCGGCGCUCAAGGCGCAUCGACAGGCACCUGCGCUCAGAAAGCCAGCGCCAGAGGCGGGAGAUCAAGUUGCUUCUGCUGGGCACCAGUAACUCAGGCAAGAGCACCAUCGUCAAGCAGAUGAAGAUCAUUCACAGUGGUGGUUUCAACCUGGAGGCCUGCAAGGAGUACAAGCCUCUGAUCCUCUACAACGCCAUUGACUCACUGACACGUAUUAUCCGGGCAAUGGCAAUCUUGAAGAUUGACUUUCACAACCCUGACCGGGCCUAUGAUGCUGUGCAGCUCUUCGCUUUGACAGGGCCAGCGGAGAGCAAAGGCGAGAUCACACCAGAGCUGCUGGGUGUUAUGAAACGGCUAUGGGUAGACUCGGGAGUGCAGGAGUGCUUCAACCGCUCCAACGAAUACCACUUAGAGGAUAAUGCUCCCUACUAUCUCAAUGACCUGGACCGCAUCGCCGCCCCAGAGUACAUCCCCACAGUGGAAGAUAUCCUGCGAUCUCGGGAUAUGACCACAGGCAUUGUGGAGAACAAGUUCACCUUCAAGGAGCUGACUUUCAAGAUGGUGGAUGUAGGUGGUCAACGCUCUGAGAGGAAGAAGUGGAUCCACUGCUUCGAGGGAGUGACAGCCAUCAUAUUUUGUGUAGAGCUCAGUGGCUAUGACCUCAGGCUGUAUGAGGACAACCAAACGAGCAGGAUGGCUGAAAGCCUGCGUCUCUUUGACUCCAUCUGCAACAACAACUGGUUCAUUAACACCUCGCUCAUCCUCUUCCUCAACAAAAAAGACCUGCUGGCUGAGAAGAUCAAGCGCAUCCCUCUCACGCUCUGCUUUUCGGAGUACAAGGGCCAGAACACGUACGAGGAGGCAGCAGUCUACAUCCAGCGCCAGUUCGAGGACCUCAACCGCAACAAGGAGACCAAGGAGAUCUACUCGCACUUCACCUGCGCCACGGACACCAGCAACAUCCAGUUUGUGUUUGAUGCCGUAACGGAUGUCAUCAUACAGAACAACCUCAAAUACAUUGGCCUGUGCUAGGCCAGGGAUUUGGGGAUAUUAAUGGCGUAGCUGGGUAUGACUUCGGGAGGCCGGCAGCCACAUUACAAAGAAAUGGUUGUUAAGGAGACAGAGAUCCUGGUAUUUACUGAUGCAUUCACCUUGCAAAUCAAGUAGGGGAGGAAGCUGGAGAAACUGUACCUUGUUUUUGCACUGAAUACAUUAACUUUAUGACCCAUACAUGUGCUCACACAGAACACUGGUGUUACUGAACACUGGCAGGCAUUGGUUAGAUGAGAAACUGUGAAACUGUGUCGUUGCCUUUUCCCUCCCUCCCUCCCUCCCUUUCGCCCAUACCUAUGCCUCUAUUAUUCACUGCCCCCUCAUUAUUCUGUUCUUUUUAUAGGACAGUAAAACUUGCCCAAUUUAUUCAGUGCUGCUUCUUUACAUAUUUUGUCACAGAGCAACUAAGUACAGUAUUUUCCAUUCAUCUUGAUCUCUUCUCCAGAACUGGAGCCUGAGGGCUACACUGGUAACCACAGUAUUCCUCAGAGUUCACUUCCAAAGCAAUGACAUGAAGGUCAAUGAGCUCAGAUUGACACCAUAAUAUCCUUUCAACUAGAUGUAUCUCUAAAUGUAUAGUACAGUACACAAAAAGUUCAACAUUGAGUCUUCUGUAAGAAAUUCCCAGGUUCAAAGAGAUGACAGUGCCAAUUUUAAUGUUAAAAAAAAAAUGCUCAAAGUUUUAAUAUUUCAUUUUCUAUUGACUAAAGCUGCAUGACUUACAUGGGUCUGACUGUCGUUUCUAUUUAAAAAAAUCCAUUCCCUAAAGACAAUACUGGUAUAUCAAAACCAAACACUGCAAUUGUGCACUUGUUGCCUGAAAGUUAUGUACUGAAUUUGUAUACGAGUGCAAAAUACUUUCUUCAGACCGAAACAGUGUGUAUUUGGUUUUUAAUAAUUAAGCAGCUCAAGGUAAUGACAGGUGAUCCAGCAUCAGACGGAUGCAAAUCACCGGAACAAAAGUUAGUGAAAAUGCAUAAAAAGCCUUGAAUGAAUAACAACCAUUUCCUCUACCACUCCUAGUAUCAUUUUAGGGGAUAACAGAGGGAACAUGUGAAUACAACUAAAGCACACUGUACAGACACAGUCGACAGGGUGAUUAUGAGACAGGGGUGAACUUCUCUACUAACGUUCUGCUGUUCAAGGAGGCGCGAUGUGCAAUGUGUAACAACUCAGUUAAGGGCUUUAAGCUAUAUUUUACAAGAUGUCCACUUUCAGAAAAGAUUUAAAGUAUAUUCAAAAAUAUUAUUAAUAAACCAAAUGCUGCAGCCAUUGUUUUUGCCAGAGAUUUUCUUAUGAUACGGUUGGUGGGAGGUAUAGGUGAAAUCAUUGUAUUUUACAAGAAAAUUUUAAACAGCACCCAGAGGUUUGUUCAAAGGUGGAGUAACGCGGCACUGAUACCGUUUGCACUUUACCGUUAAGCAUUAUGUCACUGCUUUGUACUUUUUCAAAUGUAAACACAUCGUUAUCGGCUAUAAUGUCAGUGUUAUAUGCUCAUAUCAAACCAUCCAUGUAAUGAUAUACACAUAGACACACAUUCUAUAUGAAACGGACCAGAAAUUCUUACAAGUAAACAUUUUUUUCCCCCUAGUCUUCUCAGCCCUCUUCCAGUUCUUCCUAUCUUUUUGAAAAUAUCAACAUUAUUCCUUAUUUUUAAAGGUAUAAAUAUGACUGAAUAACUACUACUACUACACAGUACUACUAGCCACAGUGGAACAAUGAAGAGCCAUCUAAAAAUUAACGACAGUUUCUCAAUUCACUGAUGGAGGCCGAGCAUGAAAAUUGACACGAGGGCUACUUGUUUACUUUAGAUUUUUUUUCCUUUGACUGUUUUUGCAGACAACCCUCAAUGUCUGCGUUCAAUACUGUCUGAUCUGAGGUUAUGUAAAUGUGACAGAAAUUUUAAAGGAACUGUUUUUGAUGGUGAGAGAAAUCGCUUGUUAUCAUUAACAUAUAUAAAAUUAUAAUUAUUCCAUUUUCAAAACUUGUCUUUAUUCACCCCAUCUGCAUAUUAUUUUACUACAAAUACAAGCAUAAGUUCUGAGAUUCAAGGUGACAACCUUUCCCAUCAGCCAGCAAAAACACAGCCCUCAC